CAUUUGUAUUAUACAAAUUGUAGUAGUACAUAUUAUAUAUAUCUAUGAUGCAACAUCGAAUUUCAACCAAACCCCAAGGGGAUAAAGUAACCAACGCGUCUCAACCGUAGAUCCCAACAUGCAUUUCUCUAAUCCAAUCUUCCACCGUCCGAUCACCUCAAGCAUGUGGUCCCCACUCACAGAAACAGCAAAUUCUUCUAAAGAAGCUCCUCUCCAAUGUCACUCAGUCUGCCACAACUCCAGUCCCCUCAGAACAAAGAAGAUAAGGUAAAUCUUCUGAAACAGAAGCUUCUAGAACAUUUGGUGACAAAGGGGAAUCUUCUAGAAGCUUGGCGAAGCAGUUGUCACCGAUGGCUGAGGCGAACAGAUCCACUGGGACCGUCAAGUGGUUCAGUGGCCAAAAGGGGUUCGGCUUCGUGUCUCCCGACGACGGCGGCGACGAUCUCUUCGUCCACCAGACGGAGAUCCGAUCUGAAGGCUUCCGGACCCUCCGGGAGGGCCAGCGGGUCGAGUUCGUCGUCGACACCGGCGAAGAUGGCCGCACCAAAGCCGUCGACGUGGUGGGUGUGGCAGGAUCUCGCCGUCCGUACGGUGGGCGUGGAGGCGGCGCCUUUCGCGGCGGUGGAGGCGGAGGAGGGGGAGGAAGAGGAAGAGUGGGUUACGGCGGGAGGGGUAGGGGUGGUUUCGGGAGGUUCGACGAGGGGUAUGCUGGCGAGUAUGGGAGGGGUGGUCGGAGAGGCGGCUACGGCGGCGGCGGUAGUGGUGGCAGAGGAGGAGAGUGCUAUAAUUGUGGGCGAAUUGGGCAUCUAGCGAGGGAUUGCUAUCAGGGUGGUGGUGGCGGCGGCGGCAGGAAUGGAGGAUACGGCGGACGUGGCGGCGGACGCGGCGGCGGCGGGGCAUGUUAUAAUUGUGGGGAAGAAGGACAUUUUGCAAGAGAUUGCCCUAAUGACCAAAAAUGAUAAUGUGGGUAUUAUCAUUUACCGUUGCUAAAUUGGAUUGGUAUAUAAUAGUUUUUGUACGAUUUGGUGCAUUGCUUCGGGUGAAAAUAGCAGAGAAGAAAAUUCUGGAGGACACCUCUUGUUUCUUCUCACUGGGUUAUAGUCUUGCCUAUUUUGUUGUAAAUUUGAUUGGCAUAAUUUAGUAAUAUUUGCAAUCAAUUUGCAUGGUUUACUUAUUUUUUUUCCUUCUUGAUUAUUGUUUCUCAUUCUUUCAUGUUCAGUAUGAAAUUAAUGAAAAUUAUAUUUAUUGACUAUGUUUUUCCCUCA